AGGAGCUGCUGAUGCGUCGAGCACGGCGCGUACUUCACGGACGCUGCGCCAGUCGAAACACCUUGCACCUGCACAGCUUAUAGUUGUGUACCAAAGUCAAUGUUCCGAUAUGCGCUGAGGAGCGUCUUGAGACAGCAGCCGCGGGGAUUUGGAGCCGCACCUGCGCUGCUUCGGCUCCAAUUACGGCAUCAUCCUCGCCAUCGCAUUCACAGUCUGAGCAGCAGUGGCUUACCGACGAUCGAUGAGGCUCCUUUCAUCAACAACGAUACCAUUUACGCCCUGUCAUCGGGAUCUGGAAGGGCAGGCAUAGCCGUGAUUCGAAUAUCCGGCCCUGAUUGUCUUAAUGUAUACCGUGGACUGUGUCCAAGUCGGGCUGUGCCCAAGCCAAGGUUUGCCGCAGUGAGGACACUCUUUGAACCCGGGCCGGUCGAUGGGUCUGGCGCGAAUGUUGUCGACUCUGAUGCGCUUGUUCUGUACUUCCCUGGGCCCAAAACAGUCACUGGAGAAGACGUGCUUGAGCUCCACGUUCAUGGAGGUCCCGCAACCGUCAAGGCCGCUCUCUCCGCCAUCCGGAAGUGCUCUUCAUCCGGGAAGAUACGCUACGCUGAACCGGGAGAAUUCACGAAGCGUGCCUUCUACAAUGGCCGAUUGGAUCUCGCCCAGGUCGAGUCCCUCGGCGAUACGCUUGCUGCCCAGACCGAGCAGCAACGCCGUGCAGCGGUUCGAGGCAACUCGGGCAUCCUGGGCAAGACGUACGACAGCUGGCGCGAGCAGUUGUUGCUCGCCCGCGGCGAGAUCGAGGCUCUGAUCGACUUUUCCGAGGACCAGCAUUUCGACCAGUCGCCUUCCGAGCUCCUGGCCAACGUUACUAGGCUGGUCGAGGAUAUCGUUCGACAAAUCCAAGUGCACAAGCUCGGCAACCAACGGAGUGAACUGCUCCGGAACGGGAUCCGCAUAGCCCUCCUCGGUCCGCCCAACGCUGGGAAGAGUUCGCUGAUGAACCUGAUCGUCGGCCGAGAAGCCUCGAUCGUCUCAGACGAGGCAGGUACAACCAGAGAUAUUGUCGAGGCCAGUCUUGAUAUACGGGGGUACCUUUGCUCCUUCGCAGAUACUGCUGGAAUCCGGACGAAGACAUCGGAACCCAUGGGUCACCACGACGGAACCUCGGCUUCCCCCAUUGGCGCCAUUGAGGAGGAAGGCAUUCGGAGAGCGCGACAGAAAGCCCUGGAUUCAGAUGUCAUCAUCGUCCUGGCAUCUGUCGAGGCGACGGAGUCAUCCGGCGCCGCCUGGAUAAGUUAUGAUGCUGAGACUCUCAGAUUAGCAGCCGGUGCGAAGCAGUGCCUUGUGGCGAUCAAUAAGACCGACGUCGUCAGCCCGGAGUUGCUCAAGCAGCUCGUCCAAGAUUUCAAGUCGUCCGCGCUGGCGGAUGUCGACGGCCUACGCGAUGUCGAGCCGCUGACCAUCUCCUGCAAGGCUGCGGCCUCUCCGGCAGCUGCAGGGCUGACUGAUGCAGGCGGCGUAGGUGCACUCACCGAAGCGCUGACCCAAGCAUUUUCGAACCUGACCUCGUUGCCGGAUGACAUGCAGCAUCUCCUCGGUGUUAGCGAGCGACAAAAUCAACUGCUUUCCGAGUGCGAACGGCACCUGGAAGAUUUCAUGACUGAAGCUGAAAGAUCCGACUCUGGUGAUGAUGAGCCGGAUGUCGUCCUGGCCGCUGAGCACUUGCGACUCGCCGCCCUCCGGUUGGCCUCUAUCACCGGGCGUGGCGAGUCUGGAGACGUGGAAGAGGUUUUGGGUGUCAUCUUCGAAAAGUGAGUCAACUUGAGUGCGAUCUCUUGGGCACAUUCCCGCUAACUUAAC